GCUGAAGCUGGGGAAAGGAUGGAGUCGGGGGUGGGGGGUGCGGUCUGAAACGAAAUGCCCAGAGGCAGCUCUGGGGAACUAGAGCCUACCUGCUUAAUUCCAGACACUGAGGUCCUCCUGGUGUUUGGUGCUUUUUGUCCCUUUAUCCCUGUGGUAGGUCAGGGUUAGUUCAAGGUUUCCUGCAUCCUCACCGCACUGUGACACUACCAGACUACAAUGUCAUCUUGGGUGGCUCCAGGCACAGCCAAAUUUGGGGAGAAGUGGGGAGAUUUAGGUGUGGGUCAGAGUUGGGUGCAGCUAUGGUGUGCCCUGGUCGCGCUCCAUUUAAUAGCAGACCUGGUGAAUCGGACAUUUAUAAAUGUGUGGAAUGCAGGGCCUUUCAUUCACAAUUCAUGUCAGACCUCUGCCUUUUUGUAUUCACUGUGAAUUCUAAUUUUCCAAUAUUUCCUCACAUUGCCAGACUUAUAAUAGGUGUUGAUAAGGGCCAUGAGAAUCCAAAAAAGUUUAACAUUACAGGCGAUGUGACACGGGUAUAGUGUUGUCAAGCAUGCAGUGAACUCCUGUGUUCCAUACCCAGCAACCCCCCAAAUUAUCACCUCAAUUGCUUAUGUCAUACCUUUACUCACAAUGGUAAAGAAAAGAAAUUGUGGUCUCACAAUAUUGUGGAAUGAGGUCUUGAACCAAAAGGAGGAUGCUAGGAGAGUUUUUAUUGGAAAUAAGAAUAGCUCCCUGAGUCCUUGGAAACAUCCUAAGUGGAUGACCGGGUGACUGUAUUUCCACAACACAGAUCAAGGCAAGUAUUUUGAGCAGGUUUAAAGGAUGCAAGACUUGACAGUGACGUUUGAUUGAUCAGGUGUUUCUGCAUCUUCUGUGAUUUCGGUGACAAACAGCAGAGGAAUGAGACCACCCAAGCCAGCAAGAGGAAGACAAUGAUGCACAGACUUUAUUGACCUGAGUGUAGGCCCAUCAACGACAAACAGAGAAAAAGCCGGGAGCUUUAUAGGCGAUUGGGAGGAGGGUCUGGCACAUCUGUCACAUACAGGAAUUAGAGCAAAUAUUUGUGUUUGGGGCCCAUUUGGCUGUGAAGGCAGAUAUAUGGAUGUUAUCAGGAGUCACUGACCUUUGAGGAUGUGGCUGUGAGCUUCACCAUGGAAGAGUGGGCUUUGCUGAGUCCAUCUCAAAAAAAGCUGUUCAGAGAUGUGAUGGGGGAAACCUUUAGGAACAUGGCUGCUAUCGGAAGAAACUGGGAUAACAAGGAAGUUGAAGAAGAGUGCAAUAAUUACUGGAGAAAUCUAAGAAAUGAAGAGUUAGAGAAAUACUAUCAAUAUAAAGCUUGGAAUCAAUAUAAAGAAAUAUUCCUUUGGACUACAGAUGCUAAUGUGGACAUGAAACAAGCUGGUUUAAAACCAGUAGAAAGCCUUGCUUGUAGAAAGCCCCUGACUGAGGGUUUAUCACUAAAUGUUCCAAUCAGAGCAUACAUUGCACAGAAGCCAGAUGAGUAUUUGGGAUCUGAAGAAAAGCUGUAUAAAUGUAAUGAAAAUGCAAGAAAGUGUGGUAAUCUCCAGUCCUUUCAGAAGCAUGCAAGAACAAAGGCUGGAGAGAAACCCUGUGAAUUUGAUCAGUGUGGGAAAUUCAGCUCUGAUAUUGGGGAAAAAACUUACCUUAGAGAGAAAACUUUUGUAUAUAAGAAAAAUUUGAAAGACUCCAGAACAACCAGUGAUAUUCAAAUCCAUGAAAGAAAUAACAGUGGGAGAAAAUCCUAUGUAUGUAAGCAAUGUGGAAAAGCUUUCAGUACACAAAGUUAUUGUAAAAUACAUGAGAGGAUUCAUACUGGAGAGAAACCCUAUCUAUGUAAGCAGUGUGGGAAAGCUUUCAGUACACGUAGUGUUUGUCGAAUACAUGAAAGAAGUCACACUGGAGAGAAACCCUAUGUAUGUAAGCAGUGUGGGAAGGCUUUCAGUACACGGGGUUAUUGUAAAAUACAUGAAAGAACUCACACUGGGGAGAAACCUUAUGUAUGUAAGCAGUGUGGGAAAGCUUUCAACACCCGUGAUUAUUGUCAAAGACAUGAAAGAAGUCACACUGGGGAAAAACCUUAUGUAUGUAAAAAAUGUGGGAAAGGUUUCAGCACACACAAAAAUUGUAAAAUACAUGAAGUAAGUCACACUGGGGAAAAACCUUAUGUAUGUAAGCAAUGUGGGAAAGCAUUCAGUACGCCAGAUUAUUGUAGAAUACAUGAGAGAAGUCACACUGGGGAGAAACCAUAUGUAUGUAAGGAAUGUGGAAAAGCUUUCAGCAGAAACAGUCAUUGUCAAAUGCAUGAAAGAUCUCACACUGGGGAGAAACCCUAUGUAUGUAAACAAUGUGGGAAAGCUUUCAGCACACAUAGUGUUUGUCGAGUACAUGAAAGAACUCACACUGGAGAGAAACCCUAUGUAUGUAAGCAAUGUGGGAAAGCUUUUAGCAGUAACAGUCACUGUCGAACACAUGAGAGAAUUCAUAUAGGGGAGAAACCCUAUGUGUGUGAGCAAUGUGGGAGAGCGUUCAGGACAUGUGAUGCUAUUCAAAUACAUGAAAGAACUCACACUGGGGAAAAACCCUAUGUAUGUGAGCAAUGUGGGAAAGCUUUUAUGACAUGUGGUGGUAUUCAAAAGCAUAAAAAAAGUCACACUGGGGAGAAACCCUAUGUAUGUAAGCAAUGUGGGAAAGCAUUUAGAUGGCACAAUGAAUGUAAAAUACAUGAAAGAAUUCACACAGGGGAGAAACCCUAUAUAUGUAAGCAGUGUGAAAAAGCUUUUAGAUAUCACCGUGACUGUCAAAGACAUGAAAGAAAUCACACUAAGGAAAAAUCCUUUGUAUGUAUGCAAUGUGGGAAGGCUUUCAGUACACAGGGUUAUUGUAAGAUACAUGAAAGGACUCACACUGGGGAGAAACCCUAUGUAUGUAAGCAAUGUGGGAAAGCUUUCAGCACACGUAAUUAUUGUCGAAUACAUGAAAGAACUCACACUGGGGAGAAACCCUAUGUAUGUAAGCAAUGUGAAAAAGGAUUUGCUACUAAGUCCUCAUUACAUAGACAUGAAAAAACUCACUGCAGAGAAACUCUGUAAGCAAUGUGGAAGUGCUUUAGCACACAUAUUGACAAAUACAUUAAUACAUGUAUUUCAUGCCAAAUGCAUGAAAGUCUCACUGGAGAGAAACUUCAAGCCUAGUUUGAAAGUCCUCUGAAAAUUUCUCAUGUAGUGGAGACCUGUAGAAAUAAAACAAAAUCUUUUAUCAAUAUUUCUUCACAAGGGCUGCAGAUUUGGCUCAGUGGUUCCACCACCUGCCUCACAAGCACAAGGGCGCAGGUUCAAUCCCUGAUACCAAAAAAAUUUUUUUCACAAAUUUUCCAAAAAAAUGCAAAUUCCCAAUACAGAUAUCAGAAAU